AGAGAUGAGUUGAGUGGAAUGCCUUGCUAGCUAACAGUUAGCAUCUAAACUCAAAGUUCUCGCAGAGACAGACAGUCUCCAAAAUGCCGAGGCUAGAGGUUAGUGGAAACCACCCUCCAUUAGCAGCGUUUUAUCAGCAGGGACGCGAAGAAAUUCACCAUUAAUUUGCUUAAUAAUUAUGUCGUUAACGGACGGGCACGGAAGGGAUUUAAGGUCCAGCUGUUAAAUGUGUUGACUGGUACCUCAUCGUACAGGCAACUGUUCGGACAGGAUGCCAGAGAUGACUGAAACUCAGACACCCGGUCGUAAACCCAAAAAGAAGAAAAACAAAGAAUCUCAUAAUGCAGUUGAGAGACACAGAAAAGAGAAGAUUAAUGCUGGGAUUAACCGCAUUGGCAAUCUUCUGCCCUGUUCCCAGGCUCUUAAACAGAGUAAGAACAUGAUCUUGGACCAGGCUUUUCGCUACAUCACUGAACUGAAGAAACAAAAUGAUACAAUGCUUCUGGAGGGAGGAGAUAAAGUUCAAGCGGAGGAGAUCCGUCGGCUGCGGCGUCAGUUGGAGGAGCUCAGGAAGGAGAGUGCUCACUACAUCGAACUCCUCAAAGCCCAUGACAUUAACCUUCUAGAGGACCCCACUAUCAACUGGAAGGGCAAACAGCGCUGUGCCAAGGUGGCAAAGGUGACCCCAACUCACCAGCUCCCAAAGGGCAUUAUCGUCUAUUCCAAUGGAAAUGUGAUGUGCCCGGCAGGGAAGGAGGCUAGCCCAGGGAAACAGCCUGCAGAAACAUUAAUUCUUCAGCCACAGUCUGAGGUUAGUGGCAGGUUAAGAGUUAAUGGAGCCCUUCUGCAAGUUAAUACAUCUUCUUCCACCCCUGCACUUCUCCCUGGGUCGGCUGUCACACCCACCCAGUCAACGCCAGGCCUGAGAGUGGUAGAGCAGUGUGUGGUCGAGACACCGUCUGCAGCCCCCACUCUGCCACCCUCUGUCUCUUACAUCACCCUCCAGAUCCCUACAGCCACCACAGCCCUGCCUCAGCAACCUCAACCUCCCGCUGCAGCUCAGACCCUCACAAUAGCAGCCACUUCAGCCUCACAGCUCGUCACUGAAAGUCUUGCUCUGCCUGUGUCCACUCUACCCACUUUUUCCCAAACUGUAACCAGAGCAAAAGCUUCAGAAGUUUGCUCAUGGGUCGCACAGGACACUGCCAUCAGAACUGUAAGUUAUACUGCUAUCCCUAACAGCCAAGCCCUUCUUAGGGCAGGGGCGGCAGGCAGCACACAGACUACCUGGACAACACUGCAGAUGGCAGGUAACACGGUCCAGCCAGUCUGCCAGAGUCUCCCCACCCCAGAGGUGAGCAACACCACCCAGGCUGUCCAGCAGGUGACUCUGUGUCCAAUGGGCAACAAACCAUCUGUUCAGCCCAUUCAAAUACAGAUGCAACCAAAUGUCCCUGUACAGCAGGCGCCUCUUACAGCCCACAUUCAAGCGCAGCCCUUUCAGAGACCGCCCCAGCUACGGCCCGCUAUUCUGAACCAGGCACAGCCUCAGCCUGUCCUAGCCCCUCAACCUCAGUGUGCUGUUCUCCCCCAGCCGGCUGUGGUAGCCCACCCUGCCGUCGCGUCGCAACCCCAGCCUGCUGUACUUCAACCGGCGUCAUUGCUGCCCAAUCCUCCAACUGCCCUCAUCCCUCAGCCUCAGCCCCUCCCUCAGCCAGCCCUGGUGCCCCAGCAACAGGCCACCAUGCUGCCCCUUCUUCAGACCAUGCAGGUGCUGCAGGUCAACCCAACCGGAGCAACAGCCUCAGGUGUAACGGCAUCACAGAACACUAACAACCCAAGUGUGGUCAUCCUGCAACAGGCAAGUUCUUGCCCAACUCAAUCAGUUGUAAGAGAGGAAAUAACCAAUCAGACCCCUUGUCAGCAUAUUGUAAUCAUCCAGGCACCCAAUCAGGCUGCACCUGCCCCUCAAAAUCCUCAGGUUGGCAUGUUGUCUGCUGCUGUGCCCUCUGCGGUACCUGCUGUGUCUACUCAAAUAUCAACAACCAGCAGUUCAACGUCUGCCACUUCUCUACAGAGUGUAGGGGGGAAACAGCUGGUGCACAUCCUUCCACGCCCUGUUCAGCCUCAAAUGAACCAUCCCCUGAAUGUUACACAGGCAUCCUCCUCUCCACCAGUUCCUCCAACCCCACAAACUAUCACUGUGAAUGGCCAGGUGUUUGCCUUGCAGCCCAUGAAGCCCUCUGACAAAGUGAGCUCCCAGGGUGGCCAGAGUACACUCCAGCUGGUCCAGCCCACCACCACUGAGGAACCAACUACUAAUGUGGCCCUCAACAGUUUAGGGGCCCUCAGCAAUCUCAACCAGAGCAUCUCUCAGGGCCUUCCACUUACAAUUUCUAGCCAAAACAAUAGUCAGGCUCCAGCUGCUCCGUUAUCAGUCGUCCAGCAGCAGCAGCCUCCUGCUCCAGCGCCUGUCUCUGGAACCACACUUGCUCUACCUGUCCGACAGCUACAGGUCCCUUGCUUGAACCCAGUGACAUCAGGGCUGGUGGUUAAUGCCUCUAAGCCUUCAGGAAAGCGGCUUCGCGCAAAUCUGAAUAUAAAGAGGGCAACAGCUAAAAGGACUAAACCUGUCAAGAAAAAAGUGCUCAGUCAGGGGCAGCCUGCUGUUGCUGUGUCAGCUAAGCCCAUGGCUCCUGCAGAAGAGAGUCAGACAGUUCAAGUUACAGUAUCUCAAGUUUUACAGUGCUCACCUGUAAAAAUCACAGACAUUCCCUCCACUUGUACCACAGCUGUGACAGUUACAGAUAGCACUGUAGCUACAGGAAAUGUCACCUCUACACAAAACACAAAGAAAAUUGUUGUCUGUAGUUCAUCUAGUGAGACAACUAUAUUUAGUCGAGCUCAUUCACAGAGCAAAAGUUCUGUCAGUGCAUCUCAGAGUGAUGCUGUAUUCAGUCAUACUAACACUAGUGGUAUGGCAGCUACAGUAACAACUAUCAAUGCCACAUCGGCUAAGCCAUCAAUUAGUGCAGCUGUGGUCACUGACAGUAAACCAGCUGUAGCUCCUAGCAACAACUCAACUGUAACCAAAGUGUCAGUUUCAGAGGUUAAACAGCCAACCACCAGUACAACAACUAGCACAACACAGAGUAAGUCAGCUGCCACCACUGCUGUUUCUAGACAGAGUAGAUCUGUGGUCAGUUGUACAGGUGCCACUGAGAUUGGAUACACUUCCACCGCUGUUUGUACCGCAUGUUUGACUCCAGUCUGUACCAGCAGCAUCACAACAACUGCACCAAUAUCUCUAAAUCAGGCCUCCCAACCAACUUCCGUAUGUCGUCCCCAGGGAUCUAACACCCAAGCUCCUCUGCCCUGUAAUAAACCUCAGUCUCAGUCCACCACUUCAUCCUCUGUGUCCACAACUGUGUCGCUCUUGUCGCCUGCACCGGUUUCUGCAGCACACAGCUCUGUUGCAGCCCCUUCAGCAAGUUCAGAAUUUAGGAAAAGAGUCAGCACCACUAGAGCUCCAACACAGCAGACUGACAUAAACAUGUCCAACCCCUCCCCCUGCCAUCCCACAGAAGUCAAACCACCCCAGGCCCCCAGACGAGAUAGAGAAAGUCAGGAAGAGAGACACUCCAUAGCAGCAGAGAAAGGGAACUUGGUGGCAGCCACCUCUGACACUCCCUCUAGAAAGGACUUUGGCCUAUCUCAGCAGGUGUACACUAACCUUGACGAUCAAACUUUGGAGCACCCUAUGACAUCCAGCAGGCAGACAGAUUCUCCCAUGUCUACAGGGGCUGGGGGAGGCAGAGGCUUCUCUGUGGCUUCUAUGCUUCCUCAAGGCCAUAGUAUUAGUGCGUCAUCUGGCUCCUUUGGAACAUUUACAUUCACAUCUGAGCAGGCAGAGAUGUUGGCCUUGGCCAUGCUAGAACAGGACAGCCCUGGGAGGAGGAGUGGAGGCUGCUCUGGGGACAACACUGCUUCAACAAACCCUACCACAGCCACAUGGGAGCCCCCAAAAACCCCACCAGUGUCUGCUAGUAAAGAAAGGGGCUCAACUGGACAGCAGACUAAAGUGGCUAAGCCCAUGGAUACAGUAACGGUUAAAUCUGCUGUCCAGGUGUCUGUCAGAGGACAAGUUGGGGAGGGGUCUGUCAGUGGGCCCAAUGGAAGCAGACAUCCACAGAACAUAUCAUACUCCCAGUCUCAGUCCCUCCCCCAGGUCCAGUCUCAGAGCUCAUCCCAGAGUGGCACGGUGGCUAGCCUCAGUGUCAAUAACCUGAUAAGACCCAGUUCCAGUCAGCAGCCCUACCCCGGCUCUCCCAGUCUGGCUGGCCAACAGGGCUCAGUUCCCUCGCCCGUCGGGACCUCAGCCCACAUAUCCCAACCCUCAAACAAUGCCCUCUCACCCUGCUCAGGUGCAGCCCCGCCGAAUGAGUACACCCCCUUAAAGACUGCUCUAAUGAGGGCUCAGGCUGGAGUUGGUGUGGGUGAACGACAAGUAAAAAUCAUCUCCAAGCGGCAGGCCCAGGAGGCAGUGAUGCUAAACACUGGAAAACGACCCAAGCCUUGUCCUCCAUCAGUGAGCACUGUUGGCCAUAUGGAUGUGAAAGCACCAGAUCACAGUCAGAUGAUGGUGGGACAGCUGCUGCCCACCUCCUCCACUGUCAUGACGAGGAUUAAUUCAGAAAGUGGAGGGCCCCUCUUCUCCACAAACUCUUUCAUGAGCCCAGUAGUUCGGCCCAUAGAUGGUCACUGCCCUCCUCAAGGGCCCCCUGAGCAGAACCAGCCAGGGGUGCUUCAUCUGCCCCAGGGUCAUCCGCAGCAUGCUGCAGCCCAGCCUGGUCAGCAUCUGGGAGGGAACCUUUACAUGAAACAGCAGCAGCAGGAGCAACAGAGACACCAUCUGUAUCAUUUGCAACAUCAUCUGACACAGCCUGACCCUGCACAGCGCCACUCACUACACCAGAGGGCGCUUCAGCAGCAGCAGCAACAACAACAAGAGCAGCAGCAGCAUGUCCAGAAGAAGCGGGGACUUGUCAGAGGCAGUCAGACAGGUUCACCUGCUGGCCUGCAACAGAAGCAGCAUCACCUGGAAAAGUCUGGAGUUCAGCAGCAACAGCAGCACUCACAUCAACAACAACAGCAGACACAGCAUCAACAGCACGCGCAACAGCAGCAGUCUCAGCAGCAUCCGCAACAGUCGCACCAACAAUCGCAAGCGCAUCAACAACCAACACAACACCAACAAUCUCAUCCCCAACAGCACCAACAGCAGACGCACCAACAGCAGCCCCAGACCCAGCAUCAACAACACCAACAGCAGCAGCAGCAGUUACAGCAGCAGCAGAGCUCCCACUCCCGACACCAGCAGCAUCUACAGCAGCAGCUCCAGCAGCAACAGCACUUUAGACACCAGGAGAAGAGCUGUGAAGCCCAGGCAGCAGGAUCCAGGGCCCACCACAGCAACCACCUGGCUCAGCAGGAACACCUCAAGCCUGGUCAGGACCAUAACGCUAUGCAGAGGAUGAUGAGCUCUCGGACACUGGAGCAGCAGCUCAUCUCUCCUCCAAGCAAUCCUGUGUCCCGGUCAUCUGACCUGGCUUGCACUCCGUCACGCCAGGAACGCCACCGUGUUUCCAAUUACUCUGCCGAGGCGCUCAUCGGUAAGAGCACCACUAGCGGUGAACAACAGCAACGUAUGGCUCUUCACCUUCAGCCUGGCCACGGUGCCACACAGGAGCAGCAAGACCUCCGUGGUUACCUGGACACAUCACGAGGGAAGGCCAACAUUGCACACAACCCACAGACCCGCCUGCCUUCAGAUCAUCCAGGGUCCGCUGAUGUUCAGCGGGUCACAGAGUGUCCUCCCUUCAAAGCCAUGGUUGGAGGAGGAGGAGCACAUCAACUCAGUGGUUUUGAGGCUCAGGUGUCUCGUGGGAGUGACAUGGCACCUAAGUCAGUGCCUCCAUCUCAGAGGGGCCCUCAGGGGCAGCAGCAGGGAGGGUUCAGGAUGAAUGUAGGCCCUCCAGCAGAUGGCAGAAACCGUGGCGGCUACAGUGGCGCUCAUCCUGGCUCACAAGGAGUACAGGUUGGACCUGCGUUGUCCCGGGAGCAGGAAGGCUGUCACCAGAGUUUCAUGCAAAGCCUCCUUUCCCCCCACCUUCCAGAGCAGAGUAACCACCAGCGAGCAGUUCAGUGCUGUCCCCCAGUCAGCAUGGAGUACAGCUGUGUGCCUGGAAGCUCUUCAGGAGACAUACAGGCCAAGGCCUCCAGCCCCAGUGUGCCCCAGACACAGAAGGCUCCAGCCAUGCGGCUUGGAGAGGGCAAUAAGGGCCAUAUUUCUCAGGUCAGCAGUAAUAUGCAUGGAGGCCCAGGUGUGCGAGCAGGUCUCCCCCACCCUCCAACCCCGCACAGCAGCUCUGAGCCAGGCCGGUCCUCGGCCCCCUCCCGAACACUCACUGCUGUCAGCCAGCACUCUCGCCACAUCACCCGGGACACUCAGCCCACCAAGCUGAGACCCGGCGACCGGCCUCGAUCAGGAGCUCUGAGACCAAGCAAUCCCUUUGAGCCUGAGGGCCACCUACCCCUGCCCUCUGGAGGAGGGGUGCUACUGAGCCGACCACAGUCUGGAGGAGAGGCGCGGCGCAGCACUAUCGUUCGCUUUAUGGCAGAUAGUGGCCAGGUUCCUAGCGAAAACAACCUGGUUCCCGACCAACACAUAACACAGAACUUUGGUUUCCCCUUUAUUCCUGAGGGGGGGAUGAAUCCUCCACCUCCCAUCAAUGCGAACUCCACAUUCAUCCCUCCAGUCAGCCAGCCCAACACCUCGCGUACGCCCUCCCUUCUGCCUGUGGAGCCCCAGAAUACUUUACCCUCCUUCUAUCCUUCCUACUCUCCUGCAGCCCACCCCAGCCUUCCCAGCGAUGUCACCCUCCAAUACUUUCCCAACCAAAUGUUUACCAGCCCAAGUGCCGACAAAGGCAGCGCUCCCCCACUCAACAACCGCUUCGGCUCUAUCCUUUCCCCACCUCGCCCUGUGGGUUUUGGCCAGGCCAGCUUCCCCUUGCUCCCAGAUAUGCCCCCAAUGCCCAUUGCCAACUCAUCUGGAAUCACCCCUCACAUAUCCAACUUCAGCCUCACCUCUCUGUUCCCUGAGAUUGCCACUGGCAUGCCCACUGACGGCUCGGCCAUGCCUAUGUCUCCCCUGCUGUCUCUCUCUAACACCUCGUCUGCCGACUCGGGCAAGCAGCCCAAUCGUCCUGCCCACAACAUCAGCCACAUUUUGGGCCACGACGGCAGCUCGGCUGUGUGAGGAGAGCUCCUGCUGCAUAUUGAUGACCUGGUGCUCAGGAGUGAAGUGUAGUUUUCUGUUUGAAGGUGUUGUUCUUUUAAAUGUUCAGUUCAGAAAGUGGUGGUGAAGCACCAGAUGAACAGUUUGUAGGUUGAUAUGACACAUCACACCCAUCUGGUGGUGAGUUUUGUUGUCUACAUGUUUACACAAUUUCAAAUAUGUUCCCUUUGGCAUAUGUAUGAUAUCGGUUAUAAUUUGUAAUAUUUCAAAAAUCAUUUCAAUUUUAUGGGGGCAUGGAAAUGUGGUCCUUUAAAGUUCUUUGUUUGAAGUGUUGGUUAAACCGACUGUUUGGUAGCAAAACAAAAUCAAAUUUAGGUUUAGAACUUGAAUUCAGUGUAUUCUGGGUCCUAAAGAAACCUUCUGCACAGUUACCUACCAAUGUAAUUUACUAACUUAUAUCAGGUUGUAUUGUACAGAAUCGUUUUUUGUUUUUUUUCCCAAGAGCUAUUUUGUAAAUACCAAUGUUUCAUAUCAGAAUUGUUAGAUUGUGUAUGUAUUUGUAAAUACAAAAUUGAUUAAUAAAGUUUAUAAGAAGA